GUGUCGGCUAUCAUUCCUGGCCGAUCGAGUGCGAAGUUCGCUCGCUCGUUAGGCGACGUGAAAUUUGUGCAUGUCGCUGCUCGAGACCGCUUUCCGGCCGAUCGGGAAACGAUGGAGGUGCUGAUCGACUGCUAUUUCGACAGGCUGUUCGCCGAGAUGGAGCGCAGCUGCCUCGCGUCGCGAUACAAACGGCGAGAGAUGGUCGGAUACUUCUCGGACGUGAUAAACAGCUGCGCAGCAGCAGAGAACCUGGACAAGCAGGACAUCUGCGAGCGGAUAGUGAUGUCGGCGCUGCGCUACCACAACAUCGCGAUGAUGGAGAACGGCUACGUGUGCAUGCUGGGCAAGUUCCACAACGUGCUGUACGUCGCGGCGAAGCUCUGCUACGACUGGAACUUGGAGAACAACGAGAUCGUGUCCCGCCUACUGAACGACAUGUUCUACUGCGAGAAGACGUUCGAGCGCAUCCUGGUCGGCGCGAUAUUCGGCACCAGGGUGACCCACUUCCUGUCCGGAUGGAAGAGCGACUUCGAGGACCGGGAGGAGAACAUACGCGCGUUGGUGUACUUCCUGCAUCACGCGACCGUCGGCCGUCUCGAGUAUCGGUGCGAGUCGUCGACCAUUAAGAGACGGUUGAUCGACGUCCCCAUGGAGUCCUACGGACAGGCGUGGCCAUUAAGGGUGGCCAUUCAACACGGCUCGCCGGACAUCCUGCUGGUGAUGCUGCGAUACGGAGCCACCGUGGAGUCCGACAAAAUAGCCCCUUCGCCGUUGGAGAUGCUGCUCGCCAAGCUGAACGAGUUCGAGCCUCAGCCUGGCCAGGACGAGAUCGUCUAUCCGGAACAGUUGCUCGUCUGCCUGCGGCUGGUCCUGAGAACCAUCACCACCGCCUUCGUCAAGACGCCCAGCCACAUCGCGGAGCAGAGCGGCGUCCUCAGCAUCUCUUUGUACGAGCAGUACCCAACGCUGAUGGAGCAGAAACUGAUACCGCCGGAGAGAAGCGGGCUCAGCCCGCCGGAACUGAGACACUUGUGCCGAUGCUCGAUCAGGGAGAGGCUGUUCCAAAACUGGGCCCUGCCGCACGGUAUCAAGACCCUGCAGAUCCCGGAGUCGCUGAGGAACUACCUGGACCUCCUCUGCGACUGAUGUUCGAGGAGUGUUCGUUGGAUCGGCGCGCGAACAGCUGAUCGAGCCCUGCGCGACGCUUCGGGCAGCGUUUAUUCUUUCAACGAAAGCGUCGGUGUCCUUCAGACUCGGUAUUUCAGAUCGCCGGUGAUCGAUCGAAGGUGCGAAUGUUUGGAAAUUGUUUGCCACGUUUCGUAGAUUCGGAAAGAGACGUCGAUUUUAUACGGAGGAGCGAAAGAGGAGGGAGAACGCCAAAGAUGCCUUGCCACCGGUCUAGUCUAGCCUGACGAAAGUUUCUGUGUAUAUUUUUUCAUGUAUCGAAUCGCUGAGAAGUAAAGCAAAACAUAAUCUCGAA